UCUCUGCCCUCGUUCCAGUUUCAGGCUGGUUGGCGCGGAAUCGAGAGACUCCCGGACCAUGGCGCCCGUGCACGGCGACGACUCUGUGUCAGAUUCAGGGAGCUUUGUAGCUUCUCGAUCCCGGCGAGAAAAGAAAUCAAAGAAAGGGCGCCAGGAAGCUCUAGAAAGACUGAAAAAGGCUAAAGCUGGUGAGAAGUAUAAAUAUGAAGUUGAGGACUUCACAAGUGUUUAUGAAGAAGUUGAUGAAGAACAGUAUUCGAAGCUGGUUCAGGCACGCCAGGAUGAUGACUGGAUUGUGGAUGAUGAUGGUGUCGGCUAUGUGGAGGAUGGCCGAGAGAUUUUUGAUGAUGACCUUGAAGAUGAUGCCCUUGAUUCUCAAGAAAUAGGAAACAAUAAUAAAACACGCAACAAAGAAAAGAGGACUGUAAAGAAGAGUGUGGUGACAAAACCAAACAAUAUCAAGUCAAUGUUCAUUGCUAGUGCUGGGAAGAAAACUGGUGAUAAAGCUAUAGAUUUGUCCAAGGAUGAUCUGCUAGGGGACAUUCUACAAGAUCUGACCACUGAGACACCUCAAAUAACUCCACCACCUGUAAUAAUACCGAAGAAGAAAAGAUCCAUUGGAGCUUCACUGAAUCCUUUCUCUAUGCACACCCCUAAGGUAGUUCCUUCAGGAAAAACUGCUUCCCCUGUCUCAAAGAAGGAGCCUCUGUUAACUCCUAUUCCUCUUCAACGUGCUGAAUUUGCUGGAGAGCCAGCACCAGCAGCAGUGUGUACACACGACAAGAAGGAUGCUGGGGCAAUAGAUUUUGAAGAUGGUGACUUUGAUGAGCCCAUGGAAGCUGAGGAGGUGAAUGUGGAGCCCGUGGCUGCUAAGACCUGUGACCAAGCGAGUGAGCCAGCAGAGGUGGUGAAACCCGAGGCAGAUCUUGGGAAAGGGACCACGCCCUGCUUAGGAGGUUUUCUCCCAGAUGUCUCUUGUUGGGACAUUGAUCAGGAAGAUGACAGCAGUUUCUCAGCCCAGGAAGUUCAAGUGGAUUCCAGUCACCUGCCACUGGUAAAAGGGGCAGAUGAGGAACAAGUGUUUCAGUUUUAUUGGCUGGAUGCUUAUGAAGAUCAGUACAACCAACCAGGUGUGGUAUUUCUGUUUGGCAAAGUUUGGAUCAAAUCUGCUGAAACCUAUGUGAGCUGUUGUGUCAUGGUGAAAAACAUUGAACGAACGCUAUACUUCCUUCCCCGUGAAAUGAAAAUUGAUCUAAACACAGGGAAAGAAACAGGAACUCCAGUUACAAUGAAGGAUGUUUAUAGUGAAUUUGAUGAGAAAAUAGCAACAAAAUAUAAAAUUAUGAAGUUCAAGUCCAAGAUAGUAGAAAAGAACUAUGCUUUUGAGAUACCUGAUGUUCCAGAAAAAUCUGAAUACUUGGAAGUUAGAUACUCGUCUGAAAUGCCACAGCUUCCUCAGGAUUUGAAAGGAGAAACUUUUUCUCAUGUAUUUGGGACUAACACAUCCAGCUCGGAACUGUUCUUGAUGAACAGAAAGAUCAAAGGACCUUGUUGGCUUGAAGUUAAAAAUCCACAGCUCUUAAAUCAGCCAAUCAGCUGGUGUAAAGUUGAGGCAAUGGCUUUGAAACCAGACCUGGUGAAUGUAAUUAAGGAUGUUGGUCCUCCCCCUCUUGUGGUGAUGUCUUUCAGCAUGAAGACAAUACAAAAUGCAAAGACACAUGAAAAUGAGAUUAUUGCUGUGGCAGCUUUGGUUCAUCAUAGCUUUGCAUUAGAUAAAGCACCGCCACAGCCUCCCUUCCAGUCACACUUCUGUGUUGUGUCUAAACCAAAGGACUGUAUUUUUCCAUAUGCUUUUAGUGAAGAAAUAAAGAAAAAGAAAGUGAAGGUUGAGAUUGCUGCAACUGAGAGAACACUGCUAGGGUUUUUCCUUGCAAAAGUUCACAAAAUUGAUCCUGAUAUCAUUGUGGGUCAUAAUAUUUAUGGAUUUGAACUGGAAGUGUUACUGCAGAGAAUUAAUGUGUGCAAAGUUCCUCACUGGUCCAAGAUAGGUCGACUGAAGCGAUCCAAUAUGCCAAAGCUUGGGGGCAGGAGUGGAUAUGGUGAAAGAAAUGCUACCUGUGGCCGAAUGAUCUGUGAUGUGGAAAUUUCGGCAAAAGAAUUAAUUCGUUGUAAAAGCUACCAUUUGUCUGAACUUGUUCAACAGAUUCUGAAAACUGAAAGGGUUGUAAUCCCCGUGGAAAAUAUGCGAAAUAUGUACAGUGAACCUUCUCAUCUGUUGUACCUGUUGGAACACACCUGGAAAGAUGCCAGGUUCAUUUUGCAGAUCUUGUGUGAGCUAAAUGUUCUUCCAUUAGCAUUGCAGAUCACUAACAUCGCUGGGAACAUUAUGUCUAGGACGCUGAUGGGUGGACGAGCUGAGCGUAAUGAGUUCUUGUUGCUUCACGCAUUUUAUGAAAACAACUAUAUUGUGCCUGACAAGCAGAUUUUCAGGAAGCCUCAGCAAAAACUGGGAGAUGAAGAUGAAGACAUCGAUGGAGAUGUCAAUAAAUACAAGAAAGGACGGAAGAAAGCAGCUUAUGCUGGAGGCUUGGUAUUGGACCCUAAAGUUGGUUUUUAUGAUAAGUUCAUUUUGCUUCUGGACUUCAACAGUUUAUAUCCUUCCAUCAUUCAGGAAUUCAACAUUUGUUUUACAACAGUGCAAAGAGUUGCUUCAGAGACACAAAAGGUUACAGAGGAUGAAGAACAAGAACAGAUCCCCGAGCUGCCAGAUCCAAGCUUAGAAAUGGGCAUUUUGCCCAGAGAGAUCCGGAAACUGGUAGAGCGGAGAAAACAAGUCAAACAGCUAAUGAAGCAGCAAGAUUUAAAUCCAGACCUUGUUCUUCAGUAUGACAUUCGACAGAAGGCUUUGAAGCUCACAGCAAACAGUAUGUACGGCUGCCUGGGAUUUUGCUACAGCAGAUUUUACGCCAAACCACUGGCUGCUUUGGUGACAUACAAAGGAAGGGAGAUUUUGAUGCAUACGAAAGAGAUGGUACAGAAGAUGAAUCUUGAAGUUAUUUAUGGAGAUACAGAUUCAAUAAUGAUAAACACCAAUAGCACCAAUCUGGAAGAAGUAUUUAAAUUGGGAAACAAGGUAAAAAGUGAAGUGAAUAAAUUGUACAAACUGCUUGAAAUCGACAUUGAUGGAAUUUUCAAGUCUCUACUACUGUUGAAGAAAAAGAAAUAUGCUGCUCUGGUUGUAGAACCAACAUCGGAUGGGAAUUACGUCACCAAACAGGAGCUGAAAGGAUUAGAUAUAGUUAGAAGAGAUUGGUGUGAUCUUGCUAAAGAUACUGGAAAAGUCCCUCUCUUUUUUUGCAGCUUUGUCAUUGGCCAGAUUCUUUCUGAUCAAAGCCGGGACACUAUAGUGGAAAAUAUUCAGAAGAGGUUAAUAGAAAUUGGAGAAGAUGUGCUAAAUGGCAGUGUCCCAGUGAGCCAGUUUGAAAUUAACAAGGCAUUGACAAAGGAUCCUCAGGAUUACCCUGAUAAAAAAAGCCUACCUCACGUACAUGUCGCUCUCUGGAUAAAUUCUCAAGGAGGCAGAAAGGUGAAAGCUGGAGAUACUGUGUCGUAUGUCAUCUGUCAGGAUGGGUCAAACCUCAGUGCGAGUCAGAGGGCCUAUGCACCUGAGCAGCUGCAGAAACAAGACAAUUUAACCAUUGACACCCAAUACUACCUGGCCCAGCAGAUCCACCCAGUUGUGGCUCGGAUCUGUGAGCCGAUAGACGGAAUUGAUGCUGUCCUCAUAGCAACAUGGCUAGGACUUGAUCCCACCCAGUUUAGAGUUCAUCAUUAUCAUAAAGAUGAAGAGAAUGAUGUUCUACUUGGUGGCCCAGCACAGCUCAGCGAUGAAGAGAAAUACAGGGACUGUGAGAGAUUCAAAUGCCCAUGCCCUGCGUGUGGGACUGAGAAUAUUUACGAUAGUGUCUUCGAGGGUUCGGGAACUGAUCUGGAGCCCAGCUUGUUUCGUUGCAGUAACAUCAACUGUAAAGCUUCACCUAUGAACUUUAUUGUACAGCUGAGCAACAAAUUGAUCUUGGAUAUUAGACGUUGCAUUAAGAAAUACUAUGAGGGCUGGUUGAUUUGUGAGGAGCCAACCUGUCGAAAUCGAAUUCGGCACCUUCCCCUUCAGUUUUCCCGAAAUGGACCUCUUUGCCAAGUCUGCAUGAAAGCUACACUUCGACCAGAGUAUUCUGACAAGUCCCUGUACACCCAGCUGUGCUUUUACCGGUACAUUUUUGAUGUGGACUGUGCACUGGAGAAACUUACUACCGAUCAUGAGAAAGAGAAAAUGAAGAAGCAGUAUAUUACCAACGAAGUUCGUAAGGACUACAGAAAUCUCAAGAACAUAACAGAGCAGUUCUUGUCCCAAAGUGGCUACACCGAAGUGAACCUCAGCAAGCUCUUUGUGGACUGUGCUGUGAGGUCCUGAGGGCACCCCAGAAGUGGCCAUGGCGGGGGUGGUUGAAUGAA